GAAGUGGGAGCGCAGGGCUACACCUGUGGCGGGGCGGGCAGGCUCCGGGCCGGGGCGAUGGCGGAGAAGUUUGACCACCUGGAGGAGCACCUAGAGAAGUUCGUGGAGAACAUUCGGCAGCUCGGCAUCAUCGUCAGUGACUUCCAGCCCAGCAGCCAGGCCGGGCUCAACCAGAAGCUGAAUUUUAUCGUUACUGGCUUACAGGAUAUAGAUAAGUGCCGACAGCAGCUUCAUGAUAUUACUGUACCUUUAGAAGUUUUUGAAUAUAUAGAUCAAGGUCGAAACCCCCAACUCUACACCAAAGAGUGCCUGGAGAGGGCUCUGGCUAAGAAUGAACAAGUUAAAGGCAAGAUUGACACAAUGAAGAAAUUUAAAAGCCUGUUGAUUCAAGAACUUUCUAAGGUAUUUCCAGAAGACAUGGCUAAGUAUCGGAGCAUCCGUGGGGAGGAUCACCCGCCUUCCUAACUGGCUUGUCCCCUCUGUGUGAAGAUUCCUCUAAGUCCUUUGUGAAGUGCAGUGACUGUGACGCAGCGUGAGGCUGCCAGCACUGAUGCCACCUUCCUGCUGAUGUGGGACCGGACCCUGGACCUGCUCCCCAACCCCUCUAUCCUGUUUGACCUCAUGGGACGACAGGGCUGAGGAGGAGGGGAGCUGUGCCCAGCUGUCCCUGCAGCUCGCGUGUAGUCGUCCAGCUUUCAGACUGGCGAUCCCACGUCAUUUGGGCUCCUCCUUUCAUUCUUGCUGUGUGAAAACGGGGCCCAGGAAGGCAGUCUUGGAAAUAUUAAAUAUGAUUGUAAAUUAAGAGUUCUUAAAAACUUCUACCUAGUAUUUUUCUUUUUAUGUGCUCUUUCUGUUCCAUUUUAUCAUAGUGUCAGAAAGCUAAAAAAAAAAAUAGGAAAAAUUAAAAAUAGAAGGAAGAAAAAUUGGUUUAAUGUGGAAGGUACUUAAGUUGAUUUUGUACUAUACAUUUUCAAGUAUGAUACAUAACGAAUAUGUUAAAUGUAUGUUCUCAUGGAUU